AUGGGAUAUGAAGAAAAGUUGGUCGCACCAGCUUUAAAGCUAAGAUUAUUCUUAGAUAAACUUCCAAACAUUUACAAUAUUUAUGUCAUUGCUACUAUUUCAUGUAUUUCAGGGUUGAUGUUUGGUGUCGAUAUUUCGUCGAUGUCGGCAUUCCUUAGUAAUGAGGCUUACCUUAGCUAUUUUAAUACUCCUAGCACGGAUAUGCAAGGGUUUAUCACUGCUGCGAUGUCGCUUGGAUCCUUUUUUGGUUCUCUUGCAUCUGCAUUUUGUUCCGAACCAUUUGGUAGAAGGGCUUCAUUGUUACUCUGUGGAUUCUUCUGGUCGGUCGGGGCUGCCAUUCAAUCGUCGUCACAGAAUGUGGCCCAAUUAAUUAUUGGUCGUUUUAUCUCUGGUUUUGGGAUUGGUUUUGGUUCAUCUGUGGCACCUGUGUACGGUUCAGAGUUAGCCCCUAGAAAAAUCAGAGGGUUAAUUGGGGGUCUUUUCCAACUUUCUGUUACUUUAGGUAUUUUGAUCAUGUUCUAUAUCUGUUUCGGGUUAGGCCAAAUCAAAGCAGUCGGUUCAUUUAGAACUGCUUGGGGUUUACAAAUUAUUCCAGGAUUAAUAUUGAUCCUUGGUUGUUUCUUUAUCCCAGAAUCACCUAGAUGGUUGGCCAGGCAAAACUAUUGGGAGGAAGCUGAAGAUAUUGUCGCUAGAAUUCAAGCAAAAGGUAAUAGAGAAGAUCCUGAGGUUUUGAUUGAAAUGGCCGAGAUUAGGGACCAGAUUCAGACCCUAGAAAAAGUCAAAUCUUUUACUUAUAUUGAUUUAUUCAGCAAGAAAUAUCUUCUUAGGACCGUGACAGCGGUUUUUGCCCAAAUCUGGCAACAAUUAACAGGUAUGAAUACUUUAAUGUAUUAUAUUGUUUAUGUUUUUGAUAUGGCUGGUUAUCUGGGAGACGCAAACUUGGUAGCUUCUUCAAUCCAAUACUGUAUCAAUUUUGCAAUGACUAUUCCUGCGUUGUAUUUAAUGGAUAAGGUUGGUAGAAGACCAGUGUUGAUGACAGGGGCAGUCUUUAUGAUGGCAUGGCAAUUCGCUAUUGGUGGAUUGUUAUCAGUAUAUGGUGAACCUGUUCAGGAAGUUAAAGGUAAUAAUACAGUCAGAAUUAGAAUCCCAGAAGACCAGUCUCCUGCAGCCAAAGGUGUUAUUGCAUGUUGUUACUUAUUCGUUGUUUCAUUUGCUUCUACUUGGGGUGUGGGUAUCUGGGUUUAUUGUGCUGAAGUCUGGGGUGAUAGUGCCUCAAGACAAAGAGGUGCAUGUGUUGCGACUGCUGCGAAUUGGAUUUUUAACUUCGCUAUUGCCAUGUUCACGCCGCAUGCCUUCAAGACGAUUACUUGGAAAACAUAUAUGAUCUUUGCUACCUUUUGUGGCUGUAUGUUCCUUCAUGUCUUUUUCGUUUUCCCUGAAACUAAAGGUAAAAGAUUGGAAGAAAUUGGACAAAUGUGGGACGAGCAUGUUCCAGCUUGGAAGUCUGCUUCGUGGCAACCACACAUUCCAAUCGUUUCAGAUAAUGAAAUUCACGGAAAGAUGGAUUCUGCGCAUGAUGAACAUUCAUCUCGUUCAGAAUCCACCGAAGAAAAAGCGGCUAUUGAUCACGUUGCUUGA